CUCUGGCCUCACUACGCUGACGAAAGCUGCGUUAUGUUGCUAUAUAAGCAAGCACUUCACACCGAAUGCGAUCAUUUCUUCUAGUUCGCCAGCGUGGACGGUCGCCCAGCAGUCAGCAGCAAUAGGUAGUGGGGAGCCGGGAAAAUACUGCCCUGUAUAGUACAGUCAACUGCGUCUGGGAGUGACUACUCCUCACCAGAAGCCAAAAGGACCAUCACCACCUUAGCGAAAUCACCGUGCCAACUUCAACAAGAGCCAACGCCCCGCACGCCAAUUUCGCUCGCUUCCACCUGACUCGCCGUAUAAAUACAAGCUGGUGUGGCUGUCCACAUAAGGGGUGUGGAUACAUCUUUACAAAAGUAAACAUUUUUCUUUGCUAAGGGUUCGUGGGUCCCAAGGCUGACCCUGGAGCGGCUGAGCAUACCUCAGCUAUGGACGAAACCCCAUUACAAAUGGCGCCCGAGCAGGACCCUGACUUUGUGAGUGACAGUGAAAAACAUGAAACGGUCAUCAACGCUCAUGAAUCAGGUUCGCCACAUCCCCUACAUAAUCAUAAGCAUCGGAAAGUUUGUUGGCGAUGUAAGCAGCCGGGACACCGAAGGCACCAAUGUCGCAACCAGCAGCGAAUAUUUUGCUUUCGCUGUGGACGCGACGGAAUCAUGUCUCGAGACUGCAAUUGUCCUACACAUGCGACAGUGCGAGCUACUCCGUCCAAACCCAGUACAACAGCACUCAAACCACCGCUUCCGUACCCAGAAGGGAAACAAGAUGGCCGUCAUUAUUUGCCCAUUACUGUCGCAGGCAUGCAGAUAGAAGCUCUGGUGGACACCGGAGCCUCGCUCACAUAUAUCGGUAAAGAACUUCAACGUCAUCUAGAUAAACACCAAAUUAAAGCCAGACGCCAGACCCGUCGCAUUCAGCUAGCUAACCAGACGUAUAUACCUAUCACGAAAUUGUAUCCUGUCACUAUAGAGCUGGGUAACAAGUCUACGCACCUACUUGUAUCAGCUCUACCGACGCUUUCGGAACAUGUCAUCUUAGGCAUGGAUUUCUUAAGGAAGCGAGACCUGACUAUCACCAUCGAUGGUCAACCCCUAACCGCUACACGCCUAAGCACACAGGCACCUACCGAUUCACCCAAAGGCUCAAACGACCACGACGGCGCUGCCCAAACGACGGCCACGGCCCACGUCGAGUCGACACCGAUUCACCCAAAGGCCCAAACGACGGCCACGGCUCACGUCGAGACGACACCGGUUCACCCAAAGGCCCAACCGACCGACGAUGGGGCGUCUGCACAAACGACGGCCACGGCCCACGUCGAGACGACACCGAUUCACCCAGAGGCCCAAACGACCACGACGGCGACACAAAGUCCCAUGGCUGAGACCAGCGCACGACCAGCCCCGCCUAUCACGUCGCCCGAAGAAGAAACACCAGCGAACGAAAUUCCAGGGUUCCUGGAAGGGCUGACCAUGACGCGACAGCAUUUCAUCAAGCGCUCCAGGAGAACGCUAUUCUUCCGAGGCCGACGUUUAGCCCUGCAGAAGUUGGAAGGCGAUCGCGUAUUGGUGCGAUACGGCAGGGAAAGAUGCGUGCUACAUUUGUACGAGUAAACCCAUAAGGCCGGCGAUUAACAUUAAUUUUAUUAGUUUUAAGUACUCAUUUGUGCAUUUGCACAACUAAAUUAA